AUGGCCAAUUCUUCUUCAGGCCGUGUGGACUUCUGGGAUGCUGAGAAGAUGCUUGAUCUUUAUGUGCACGAUUAUUUGGUGAAGAAGAACAUGCAUUCCACUGCUGCAAUUUUCAGGAGGGAGGCUGAUGUCUACUCUGAAACUCCUGUCGUUAUUGACACCAAAGAUGGGUUCUUAAAUGAAUGGUGGACUUUGUUUUAUGACAUGUAUUCGUCUAGGACGUCGGAAUUGAAGCCUCAGGAGGCCAAGGCUGUAGCACCACCGGUUCAGGAAAGGACAGAGAAUGAACAACAGCCACUACAGCAACGCAAACAUGCAAGAGUGCCUGAAGAUUUACCAAGGGUGCCGACUGCAGUACCGUUACCAAUCACUAAGCAGAAGAGGUCUCGACGAACUAGGACCAGGAGUACUGACUACUUCAGUAAGUGGUUAGGGAUACCAGGUGGAGAUUUAAGUCGAAGUAAUUUACAUUCCCUUAAUGUCAAUAAUCUGAAUAUCUCAAAGGCCCUCGCAAGCAGUUCAAGCCCUCUGCAUCAGCAACUCCUCAGGAACAUUGCUCAAAUGCAGGUGCAGGACACUAGGAAUUUGAUUAGCUUCGACAGGACUAACAACAUUGGCUCUAAUGUUUUUGGACUGCAAAAGUCCAUACGCCCACCUGGAGCUCAGGAUGCAGGUACGAGUAGAGUUAAUCCUGGACCGAAAAUUGGAAGGCCUCCUAAAGUAGUAAGCUCAGGUUUGCAGGUUCCAAACCAUCAGAAACUGAUUAAGGCAUCAACAGCAGAACAUCAGCAUCCACCUUUGGGUAAUCAGAUGACAGCUCCCCCCUUGAGACAAACUGUAGAAGCCCAGCAACAACCUGAUCAGCAGCAGCGGCGGCGGCAGUUAUCAGAGGAUGGCAGAGAGAGGAGAACACCAUCAGGAGCAGGAGACAGUCAUUUGGAAAAUAUGAAUGCUAAUGAAGAUGCCCCUGUGGAAGAAAAUACCGAGUCUUUCUUGUCAUAUGAGGAUGACAGUGCUGGUGGUGGUACAAGCACUCCAUUCAAGGCUUCAAAACGCCGUGGUGGUAAUAAGAAACAAGGAAAGGGCUUCAAUUUUGAAGAAAUCUGUUCCCUCCACUCGAGCAUGGCUAAGGUUGUAUGCUGUCAUUUUUCGUCAAAUGGGACGUGGUUAGCUAGUGCAGGGCAUGAAAAGAAGGUUCUGAUUUGGAACAUGGAAAAUUUUGAUGUUGUUAAAUCUUCCGAAGAACACUCUCAUCUCAUUACAGAUGUACGGUUUAGACCAAAUUCAACAAUGUUUGCAACAUCUUCCUUUGAUAAAAAUGUGAAGAUAUGGGACGCGGCCAAUCCAAGUAAAUCAAUAUUUAAGCUUGAAGGGCAUACUGAGCAAGUAAUGUCUAUGGAUUAUCACCCAAGGAAGUUAAAUCUCCUCUCAUCAUGCGAUAGUAACGAUGAAAUCCGACUGUGGAAUGUCAACCAAUCUAAUUGCACACACAUUUUCAAGGGAGCAACUAAACAAGUCAGAUUCCAGCCUCGGUUUGGAAAAUAUUUGGCUGCUGCUUCAGGAAAUAGUGUCAAUAUUUUUGAUGUUGAGACUGCCAGUUUCGACUUGUACUUGAAGGGAUCUGGACAUGCUGAAGAUGUCCUUUCAAUUUGCUGGGAUACAACUGGGAAGUAUCUUGCUACAGUUAGUGAAGACAGUGCGCGGAUUUGGUCAACUGCAUCAAGCGGAAAAUGCAUAUAUGAACUCCAAUCAAAUGGCAACAAAUUCCAAUCAUGCAUAUUUCACCCUGGAUAUUCACUACUCCUGAUCAUUGGUUGUUACCAGUCCUUUGAGUUGUGGAGUCCAAGUGAGAGCGAUAAAACUAUGACUGUUCCAGCACAUAAAGGGCUGAUUUCUGCAUUGGCGGCAUCCCCAAAGACUGAUAUGGUUGCCUCGGGGAGUCAUGAUCAGGUCGUCAAACUAUGGAAAUGA